CACUACAAAGGGGAUAAUCUUGAGUACACGCAUGCACACCGAGAUGGAUGGUGUACAUGACAUAUCAAGCAUUCCAACUGCAUAGUUGUGUGGUCUACGAGUUGACCCAAAAAAAAAAAAAAAAGAGGGGAAAAGGGGUCUAGCUAUGCAUGUAGUUGUGAAAUCAAUUCUCAAGCCUUCACUGAAGUUUUGAUCUGAAAUUUAUCUUCUUUUUUCCUGAGAAAAAACAACAAUUUAGAGUGUGGUACAAAGUUUUGAACUUUCACUGGAAAAUUCCACAAAUCUACUUCUCUCUGUGAUCUGGUUUUCGCUUACGAAACAAUGGUGGCAGUGGCAGAGAUCUUUCUGGGAGCGUUGCUACAGAUGCUGUUUGAGAAGUUGAUGUCGAGGGAGGUGCUCGACUUUGCUCGUGGUGAAGGUGUUCACAAGAAGCUUGAGAAAUGGAGCUCAACACUACGGAUGAUUCAAGCCGUGCUCUCUGAUGCAGAGGCGAAGCAACUGACCAGUGAGGCUGUGAAACUUUGGCUUGCUGAUCUCAGAGACUUGGCUUAUGAUGUGGAAGAUGUACUGGACAAGUUCUAUACCAAGCAGAUACAGAAUUUACUUCAAGGUAACUCUUGGAAGUUCACCCAUAUUUUCAUGCGUAAAAUCAAUUCAGAGAUUAAUGAAAUCACUAAAAGGUUCGAUGAUAUAUCUAGUAGGGAAAUUAAACUUGGUUUGAAUAAAAUUGAAAGAUCUGUGCCAGAAUGGAAAAGACUACCAAGCUCAAGUUUGCCUGAUAGUCCCGUCGUGGUUGGAAGAGACGAAGACAAGAAGAAAAUAGUCGAAUUGUUGUUAAGUGAUAAUCAAAAUAAAGAAAAUUUUGAUGUAGUUGGCUUGGUUGGGAUGCCUGGAGUUGGAAAGACAACACUUGCAAGGUUGGCUUUCAAAGAUGAUGCCAUGAAAUAUUUUGACAUAAAAGUUUGGGUUUCCGUAUCUGAUGACUUUGAUUAUGUGAGGUUAACGAAGGCAAUUCUUAAUUCAAUCGAUUCAGAAAGUAGGAGUUUUGAUGAGUUCAGUCAAAUUCAGAAUCAUCUGAGUAAAGAUUUGGCGGGGAAGAAGUUUUUGAUUGUUAUGGAUGACGUCUGGAAUAAAAAGUAUGAGCUGUGGUUAACCUUGCAAGCCCCCUUUGGAGCUGGAGCACCAGGAAGCAAGAUACUUGUCACAACACGAAAUGAAGAUGUUGCAAAGUUGAUGGCAGCAGUUGAAUGUUAUAAUCUGGAGUGCAUAUCGGAUGAUGAUUGUUGGAAAGUAUUUGUGCAGCAUUUAUCAAAUAGAAAUAUUAGUGAACCAUCAAAAUUGGAAUCUCAAAGGGAGAAUGUUGUUUCGAAAUGCAAAGGCUUGCCCUUUGCAGCACAGACUCUGGGUGGUCUUCUCCGUUGCAAAGAAAUUGAUGAAUGGAAGGAUGUAUUGGAAAACAAGUUAUGGACCCAACCAGAACAUAGUAACAUUCUCUCACUGUUAAAAUUAAGCUACCGCUACCUCCCUCCUCAUGUAAAAAGGUGUUUUGCCUAUUGCUCAAUAUUCCCAGAGGACUAUGAAUUUGAGGAAAAACAGUUGAUUCUUUUAUGGAUGGCGGAAGGGUUACUCCAGAAUCAAAAAGGGAGCAGAGAAAUGGAAGAUUUGGGCAGAGAGUAUUUCAGAGAGCUAUUCUCAAGGUCAUUCUUUCAGAAAUCAAAAAAGGACGAAUCAAAGUAUGUAAUGCAUGACCUCUUGAAUGAUUUUGCACGAUUGGUUGCUGGAGAAAUUGGUUUUACGUUGGAAGAUAAGGUGGAUUAUCAUAAGCGAUGCAGGAUUUUCAAAAAGGUCCGUCACUCAGCUUACAUCAGUGCUGACCUUGAAGGCAUUCACAGACUUGAGGUAUUCUCCAACUUCGAGCAUUUGCGGACUUUCCUACCACUUUCACAUUCAUAUAAUGGAAGAAAGUACUUGACUAGCAAUUUUACUCUUCAAAUAUUGCCAAAAUUACAAUAUCUAAGGGUGCUUUCUCUGAAGGGAUAUUGUAUUAGAGAGCUACCAGAUUCAAUUGGUAAACUAAGACUUCUACGGUACCUUGACCUUUCCUAUACAGAUAUAACAAGUUUGCCUGAAUCCGUAAGCGAUCUCUACAAUUUACAGACCUUGUUGUUAGAAGUCUGCGGUUAUCUAAAUGCAUUGCCCACUGGUUUGAAGAAUCUAAUUAAUCUGCGUCAUCUCAUCUAUUCAAACAAAUGGCAUAAACGCUAUGACACAUCAUAUCCACGGUCUUUGAAAGGAAUGCCUUCAAAUAUGGGUAAGUUGACUAAUCUCCAAACAUUGUCUUACUUUGUUGUGGGAAAAGAGAGUAGCUCAUCGGGAGUUGGAGAAUUGGGACCUCUAUUGCAUCUUUGUGGGACACUACACAUCUCAGGACUAGAGAAUGUGAAUGGAGCUAAGGAUGCAGUACUGGCCAACUUAGCUGGCAAGGAUGGCAUUGAUGUAUUGCUAUUGGAAUGGAAAGCGAAAGAAACAGCUGAUCCAGAUAUUUUUGAAAGCCUACAACCUCCUCUGAUGCUCAAGGAGCUUGCUGUCAUGAACUAUGGUGGUUCUAAAUUUCCAGCUUGGAUGGGAAAUUCUUUAUUCUCUAAGAUGGUGAAAGUGAGGUUAAAAGAUUGUAGGCGAUGCAAAUUGUUGCCCCCACUUGGACAAUUGCCCUUGCUAAAAGAGCUUACUAUAAAAGGAUUGUCUGGGGUAGAAAGCGUUGGAAGUGAGUUUUAUGGGGAUGGUGGGUUGAAUGCUUGGAAAAUUGGAAACCCUCUGCUUUAA